UGUGUGUGUGUGUGUGUGUGUGUGUGUGUGUGUGUGUAUGUAAAGGAAAUGCAGCAUUGAUUGGAACUGGUCCAGAGAAGCAGAAGAGAGCAGGUCCUCCCCUUCACUGCAGGAUGGAAAAAACUGCAGAUCCUUUCCAACUGCAUCACUGCAUUAGUCCAGUUCCUGACCGGUCAUGUGAUCAGUGUGUCAGCUUUUGAGUGGGGCUGAGGUCAGAGCUCUGUGCAGGACACUGGAGUUUCUUUGCACCGACUUUGAUUUGAGCUGGAAUGGGAAAGGGCCUUCCCUAAACUGUAGCAAACCUCCCACCACAGACCACACGUACUUCCAGGAUUCCAGUGCCGGGACCGGAUGAGUGUAUCCGGUAGAUGGAUUGGAUAGUACUUGCCCUUUGGAUAGCUCUCUGUAGGACACGCAGUGAGGGUACGACAUUCACACACACACCUUCCCAUAACAUCGGUGUUUAUUUUACUGUCUCACCUCAGAGACUUCUGAACUGGACCUACAUGCAUUCCUCACAGUUCCAGUCUGGAAUCCGGUAGCCUGACUCCGACUCCUGACCCAGGUGUGCAGAAUCGCUGGACGCUAAACUCAAGUGACCCACCGAAACCUUUGGAUUUAUUCUGGGAGAUCUAGAGGAAAAGGCGAAGACAUGGCAACCCUGAGAAGGAGAAGGUUCCUGUCAGAGAGUUCCGCUCUUCUACUGAUCGUCAUGUUCGGUAUGUACGGGGGGUCAGAAGCACUGGAGAUGUCCACUGGUAAAGUUCCCUUUCUGGAGGCGGUGAAUGGCAGUGAUGUUUUGUUGCCCUGCACCUACACCAGCUGUAUCGGCAUCCUCAAUCUCUUCUUCAAAUGGGAAUUUAAUGAUAACGGCACAAUGGAGAAAGUGAUGGAGUCGGUGAUCCCGAUCGACAAAGCAGAGCCAGUAAACCAGAAGAUUUAUCGGGAGCGCGUGUCCUUCGUGGGCCCCAAAAAUACCAACAACGUGUCCAUAUUAAUCUGGAAUGUGACGUUCGAGGACGCCGGAGUGUACACGUGCUUCGGCAAGAACCCCAAAGAGAAGGGCAGGAACCACAGCGCCCACUUCACCCUCUACGUGGUGGAGGAACUGCGGGUGGUGGACAACACACUGACCGUCAUGAUUGUCUCGUGUGUGGGAGGCUUCAUCGCUCUGCUGGUCAUCUUCAUGCUGCUGAAGAACCUCACGCUCUUCGUUCUUGCCAAGCUCGAGGAGAAAAAUAAGGAGUGCCUCGUCUCCUCAGGAAUCGAUAACACCGAAAACGGUCUGUCCGGCACCAAAGUAACACCUAAACUUACACCAAAGAAAGCAUGAGGCCGACAGCACACACACACACACACCUCAUCAACCAGCAUGCUGAGCCCUUCCUGUCCACAUCUGUCCCAAAAAAUGACCCCCAACAACUUACAGCAAUGCAUUUUUACCGCCUUGCCUUUAUUAUUUUUAUACUCCGCGUACGUCUGAACAGAUGUGAAUGGGAAGAGCCGUACUGACUCAUACGCUUUAAAAAGCUAAUCUAGACUAAACCUCUAUUUUUAGGACGUUGAUGUAUUUGCAAGCCUUUGAAUGAUCUUAUUGUCAUUUAUUUAUCUAUCUGUGCUCGAGAUAAAACCAGGUGCCUGUAAAUGCUUCUGUCGCCCCCUGUAGGUGGGGAGGAUCACACAAACGCCAAGCAAUACUACGCAAAUCAAAACAAUGCAAAUAAAUACAUAAAUAAGUUUAGAGUAGAUGAUAUAAAAACUUCUGAAUGAUACUUGACAAUCUGUAGAGAACAGAUACACCAAAAAAUGCUGCUUUAAACUAUUAAACUAUUAAGCUAUUAAGCGAUGCUACGAGCAUGGAAACAGCCAAUGAAACCGCUUCUACUAUUCUAGUAACAUAAUUGUAGAGAAACGACGACAUUUUUUAGCUCGACUUGCAGCAUUAGGAACGACAUUUUAUCCUCAUCUCGUUAAAAAUCGAAACUCGCACCUUAUUAAAGCGACAAGUGCAAAAUGAAAGCAGUGAGUACGAUUUAAUCAGCAUGUUACUGUAUUACUGCUUAGACACAAGCGAUGAAUUUAAUAUGCAUUAUCAACCUGAAACGAACCCGGCAAACACACCCACAGCACCACAACGCUCUAGUUAUUUAUUUCAUUAUUAUCUAUUUUUACUACCAAGCAUUUUGACAUUUAUUGUGAAGUCUAAACAAACAUAUAAAGUUGAAAUAAAACGGUAACUGUAAAUGUGUUGUAGCAACAUUAUAAUCUGCUUCUUCGUCCUGCCGUUGUGGCAACGUUACAACAGGUUACUGGUUUUGUGACGCUGUACUGGGGCGUACUGGUUCACCGCUAUUAUUUUAGAUGAAUGUACUCAUUCUGCUAGCGCACCAGUGCUGGGAAUCUGAUCUCCCCGAGUUCAAAUCACAGCACUACCACCGGUCAGCUUGGCGCCCCCUAGCAGGCACGAUUGAAAGCACCUAAAGCAGACAGAAUCGGACCAGAUCAGACUAAAAAUGAAGCAGGGUCUUCGACACUGUGUAAGGACCCUAGUUAGUAGCCCCUAGUUAGUAGUACAGGCGAAUAAGAAGGUGUCGUUCUGACCGAACGCUCUACAGUCUGAGCGCAGGCGUUGUGCGGUCGGGGUGUGUUUGUUGGGACGCAGACUUGAACAUAUUCUGUAUAUACUUGAACGUAGCACUUUAUAGCUAAACUUUGCUUUACUUGAUUUCUGGUCGCUUUAACUUCACAGUCAGGGUCACAAAUCAGUCAAACGAACCGAUUCAUUCACUGACUGAUGAAAGUCCGGCUUUGCUAUCAGGCUAAACAGGUAGUGAACACAACGAGUAAUGGAAAUGGCAAGAAACACAUUAAAAAUAGGAGAUUUGAUUAGGGAUGUAACGAUACACUCUACCCACAAUGCGAUGCGAUUCACGAUACUGGGUUCAUGAUAUGAUUUUUUCUUAACAAAAUGAAAUUGAAGACAAAUUAUGACAAAGUUUCCUUUUAUUAUUUCUCUUUAAAAUAAAAUAAAAUACUGCAUUUGUGCUUAUCUUUUAUUUAUCUAAAUAAUGAUUGCCCUUUUAUUUCUGAGGUAGGUACAAACUGCAAAACAACGCUGCACAUUUCCCUCUUUGUGUAAAAACUGAAAUGAAAUAAAUCCCACAUUAUACAAAUUAGUGAAUAAUACAGAUAAAGAAAGCAUCCUCACAUAAAUAAAUUUGGCUGGAAAAUUCAGAACCUGGCAACCCUGUAGUGACAUCAACCAGGCGAGGUGAAUAGCGCCAGCGCCCUCUGCUGUUUAAAGUGAAUAUCGAUUCAUUAUACAUGUAAAUCCAUCUGAAUCGUUACACAUGUGAAUACAUUUUUUAACUGUCUUGUGAUGCAUCGUUACAUCCCAUGAUGCUUUUAACUUGGGUGACAUGAGAACCUGUUUGAAGCUGUGCUAAAUAUUUACCUCAGAAUAAUGUCGUGAAUGAUCAAGGCUAAUAACUGAGCUAGCUGGCUGGUAAAAAGGCAUGAUGUGUUUUAUAUGUAGUGCAAAAAUUAACGUUAAAAGCAAAAAUAAGAGGAAAAUAUCAGAAUUACGAACAUUUUGCUCUGAUGUAUCAGUGAAUUAGUAAGAAAAGACUGAGAGUCAAUCUGGUUCUGGUGAGCAAACUGGAACCAUUAAACUAUUAAAUGAAGGAAGAAUAAAGUGAGCUAACUAACGUUACUGGGAUGAUUAAGCAAUAAUCGAGAGGAGGUUUGGACGUUUGAGUGUCGUUUGCACUGUUUAUGCCUUUUAUGUUAUUGAUUAAUUAAUUCUAAGCACAUUAUAAACAUUACAAAAAUGUUUUUUUAAAUAUUUAUAAGAUGUGUCAAACACUUCCACCCUGUCACCAAUUUAUUUUCCCUACACAAUAAAUGUAUGUUACUUAUGUUA